CAUAAACACAGAUCUUGAUUGAUCAGGUGCUUCAAAUCAGAUUUAUAAUAACCCGAAAAGUUUCCUUUUAUAUGAUUUAGUGCAAAAAGUUAAAAAUGGAAGUGAUCUUAUUCUAUUCACAUUUUAAAAUAGACCUAUAGCAAGGUGAAGGUAUAUAUUGAAGUAUUUGUGCAAAAUCCAAACAACUUUAGAAUAAAGAGGAUGGGAGUGAACUAUAGCAGCAACCUAAAAAUGUGUAAGCCAAGGAUGCGUAAAUAUUCUGAAACGUUAGGAGCUAUAUAUAUGACUUAAAAAGACCUAAACAGAAUAUCCAAAUACAUCUAUCGUAAGCUUGAGGUCAGGGAGCGGGAACCGGAGUUUCUUAAUAAUUUCUAAAUUUAUGAACUGGGAAUUCCAAUAAGUAUAUGUUAUAAAUAAUGUCAGAACCGUAGUACUGUUAUUGUUGAAUUUUGGCUUAAGUGAUUAAUAAGUUUCACAUAAUUUUAAUAGUACAAAUCAUUGGCAAUCGUACCACAUCUCCUUGUUAAACAUAUUGUGUAAUGUAACAUGAAUUGAAGUUAACAGACACUGAUCAGCUGUUAUGUUAACAAUCUAACAAGAUAUCAUUUAAAUAUCAAGGGUGUUAAUCUAGGUCAAUUGUCUAUUAUUCAUAUUUCAAUGAAUCGUGCAGGUAUUAAAUAUACCUUGUAUCUCUGUCGUAUUAAAUGUAUUCAUCAAUAUAAUUCAUAUAACAUUAGUAAAACAUGUCCUUGUGUAUAACAAAUGAACAUGUAAAAUUGACAUAUAUUGAGGGUUCUGUCCCUCCUUACGGUGACUUCUAGAUGUCCUAUUUGUUGUUCUUGAGAUCAAAUAGGUAAUGUUCAAUCUAUCCACAUAUUUCGUUCUCAAUACAGUUGCCUUAUCAUGUUGUCUCUAGAAGAUGUAGACAUGUUGGUUAGUUCUCUCUAUAGUGAUCAAGUUAUUCGUUGCAUUUAUUUGGUUAUUUUUAGUCAAAUUUUCGGAAUAUUCCUUGACUCUUAAGAGCAGUUGAUAUAUUUCAAUGGAAUACUCCAAAAUGGUUGUCAUAUGUUUUUGCUUAAACGUGUUGUUGAUUGUUAUGGCUAUCGCCACCACUGAAGUUAUAUAUACUAAACACGAAAAUGUUUCUGUAGGAAGAUUUAAAAAUACCAGCAUGUGUGGCGUAUUUUCACUUACACAAGAUGAGAAAACAUUCCAAAUCAUAUCCGAUGGGCAUCAUAUUGACCCUCCCUGCUCACUUUAUCUCAUUGGUGUGAAUAAUAUAAACAACAAUUACAGUUUUUCCGGCAUGUGCUUUAAAAUGUCUGCUAUAGCGUUACCUUGUGGCAGAAAUGAUACACUUAUUUUAAGAGGAUGGGCUUUGGAUAUUCGCCAUAAAGACCAGUCAAUAUUACUGUAUGCAAAUCAAAGUAUGCUUGUUACAGAGAAAAUCUUAAGAUGUGACAAUAAACAAGAUUUCACAAUGAACUAUGAAUUCUGUUGGGAGAAAAUAUCUAUGUUAGAGAUUUUAUUCUACAGUCAAAACAAGCCAUCUUCAGCUUUACCAACGAUCACUGUACAGUCGGGCGUGUUAAUUGGCCCAACAUAUCCGGCACUAAGUUUACAUGACAUGGAAACAAUGAAAAUACAGAUGGAUGAAUGCAAGACAUGUAAAGUAACAGCACACCAAAUGUAUCUUGAUUUCCUUGAUAGAGUUAUUUUGAUUGCCAAUAAUAAUAAUAACAAAAACAAUAAGGACGAUGACAAAAACGAGGAAGAAACCAGUUCUGCUAGUGUUGAUCUAAAUAUAUUACUACCCUCUCUGUUUGGUACUAUAGCAACUGUUGCAGUAGCAGUGGUAGGAGUGGUAGGCGUUAGAUGGAAAAGAAAAAGAGAUGCAAACGCAGCCCGUGAAAAGAUGAGCACACCGAGGGAUAACCUAGCUAAAAUAGAAAAUAAUGAAAACCCAGCGCUACUGUCAGACGAAGAAAAAAGAAGUAAUUGAUAGACACAAGGAAUGAACAGCAGAUCGCUCAACCUGUAAAUAAGAUGGACAAACGACGUUUGGGAAGCCUUAUAUUGAUUUUCGUUUCUAUCAUUUCGUGGUUCCAAAAACACAUGUCAUUGAGAGGGUUGCUAACUGCUUUGUUAUAACAUUUACUUCAAUUGAAUGACAUGGCGAGUUGAUAUCUAAUAAUUUAAUACAGCAACGAAUAAUAUUAUUCGUUCUGUUGCAGAUACGUUAGAUUUACAAUCACCUUGUUACCACUAACACAUCAAUGUAGCAUUUUAUCUAUAUUUACAUUCAUAAUUCUUUAUUGUGAUUCACCAAAUCAUCGUGUUCUAAAAGGAAAUAGAAAUCCUCCAAUUGUGUAAAAUUCAACCCUUUUACAGCUGUUAAAUAUUCAGGGUGACAGUUUGUUUCAAAUCAAAGCAACUAUAUGCACUGGAUUUAUUUGUUUUUACACAGGUUUCAUUUAGAAGAAAAACCGACAUUGCUAGAAAAUACAAAUAAUUACAACAUUACUAACAUGAUUCUAUAUUAAGGUGUAAUACCACCAUUGAUUUUUGCCUAUUAGUCUUUGUUAAAUUUGCACUUUUCAAAAAAUUGUGCAGAAUUUAUCUUUGUUUCAAAUAAAGAAAUACUUGGCAUGAGUAAAGUUUUAUCCUGUCCAGUACUAUAGACAAAAUUUCACUCAACAUUUCGUUGCAUAUAAGAAAAUAACCAUCACUGGAAGUUAAGCAAUCAAAUUUUCACCCCUUUUCAUCCUGUGUACAAGCUUAAGUAACCAUGUAACCUCAAGUUUCCAAAAUAUUCAUAGUAACACCAAAUAAAAAAAAUAAUGGUGCUCUGAAACACCCAAGAUAUAUGUUUAUAACCCAGAAUAUUUUUACUGCAAUGAAAUGUAGGAUUAAUUUCCUACAACUGUCAAAUUCAAGGGUAUAUAUUUUUCGACCCUUUUUUGUAUGCAACUGGAUGUGACGUACUAUGAUUUGGUGGUAUUACACCUCAAGAAGACUUUUUUGUUGAAUAAACGGAAUGUGAUUUAUUUUUCUUUGUAAUACUGGUUAUUUCAAGCACUACUGUCAAGUUUUGUCAUAAUCAGUUCAACAGUUUGAGAAAAAUCUAGUAUAAUGUAUGACGUCAUCUACAACGAUUGGAGCAAAAUUUCUUCGAAAAAUCCAUAUCAAGCCGCAUGAUGAUAGAAUAUAGUGUGGACCAAAACUGAUCAAAUAUCUAUCUACUCUGCAUACAAACAGUUGAAAAUGAUACAACAGAUGACUGUAGGUUGAUAAAUACCACUAAUGGACCUCUUUGUCUUCAUUAUAAGGUACCUUUUGGUCCAUUUACACCUAUCAUUUCCUCAAAAUUUUAUCAUUUUAGGCCAAUGAAUAAACAAUUUGGGGUAACUUUCACUCAUUAAUGAAAGAAAUCUGAUAAUAGACACGUAAUUGAAAUAUUCAAGCUGAAUGAACUAUCCUUCUAAAAAUUUACUGACUCCAUGGAGGUUUCAAUAAUUCCUUACGUAAAACUUAAAUUUACUCCGCGUUCCAGAAAGGGACAUAAAAAGCUUCCCUUUUAGUGAAUAUUUUGUCAUUACUGCUUCAAAAAUAAUUUCAUUUACUAAUAACUAUAUAUUUAUUAAAGUAUUACUUAGUAAGAUGUUUUCUAUUAUAGCAAAAUAUAAGAAAUAAGGAGAAAAAGUCAGAAAAAAGCUCCCCAAAACACUGAGCAGUCAGGGGCGUUACUUAAACAAGUUAUUUAUUAUUAAGGCAAUUUUCUCAUACAAUGUGUUUUUGAGACUCAAUCCACUCAGAAUAUUUCAUUUUUGUAAUAUUUCCCUUAAAUAGCAUGAAUUUUUAGCAAAUGAGAGUACACACAUGUGCAGCUUUCCAUAAUAGGUAUAAUACCACCAUUGAUUUUCCCCUAUUAGUCCUUUGUUAAAUUUGCACUUUUCAAAAUAUUGUGCAAAAUUUAUCUUCGUUUCAAAUUAAGAAAUACUUGGCAUGAGUAAAGUUUUAUCCUGUCCAGUACUAUAGACAAAAUUUCAACUAUCAUUUAAUUGCAUAUGAAAAACUAACCAUCACUGGAAGUUAACCAAUCAAAUUUUCACCCCUUUUUGUGUACAAGCUUUAGUAACCAUGUAACCGCAAAUUUCAAUUCAUAAUUCUAUUGUGGUGUACUAUGUGUGGAAGGUGUUCGUUGUUAUUCUGUGGUUUACAUGUUGUAAUGUACAAUUAUAUUAUUUAUUUAUGUAA